UAUAGAACACAGUUGCUACUGAACACACGUGUUGAGGUUGUAAAAUCGUAGAUUGAUGGCUGGAAUAUCGGAUGUUACGGAUGGAGAAAAUAAUGUUGAUAGUGCACAAGAAAGAAAAAGAGUAAUGGAACCAAACAAAGAAAGAGUUAUUAACGGACACGGAAAAACUACAGACAGUGAUCAGGCUCCAAGUAGUCCUGUGAUGAAUGGUCUAAGUGAUGAGUCCACGUCCUCUUCUUCAUCAGGAGACGAAAGCCCGGUCAAAGACAAAGAAGAAAAAACAGAGAAAGAUGCAGAGGAUGAUACAAAGAAAGAAGAACAAGAGAUGGUUCUGAUUCAAGAUACUGGAUUUAAUGUCAAAAUAGUUGUCCCAGGGAUGAGCGAAAGAAUAGAAUUACCAGUGAGUUCUAUGGAGCUGGUACAAGAAAUCCACCAAGUUCUUAUGGACAGGGAAGAUACCUGUCACAGAACAUGUUUCUCGAUACAGCUCGACGGAACCACGCUGGAUAAUUUUGCUGAACUGAAAAGUAUAGAAAGUCUAAAGGAAGGAUCCAUCAUCAAAGUUGUUGAAGAGCCAUACACAGUAAGAGAAGCUAGAAUCCAUGUCCGACAUAUUAGAGAUCUGCUUAAAUCUAUAGAUCCAGCUGAUGCUUACAAUGGUGUUGACUGUAAUUCUAUGUCCUUCUUAAAUGUUGUCACAUCUGGGGACAUUCUCGAUAAGAAACGAACAAAGCCAGAAUCUAUUGACUGUACACCACCAGAUUUUAUCAUGCCAAAUAGUAAAGAAAGACCCCUGUUACCUCUGCAUCCAAAUAUCAAGGAACUUAAGGGUCCACAGUGUAUUAAAGUAUUAACUUAUAGUGGAUGGAACCCACCACCAGGCAACAGAAAAAUGCAUGGUGAUUUGUUGUAUUUAUAUGUUCUUACAUUAGAAGAAAAAAAGUACCACAUAACUGCAUCAACUAGAGGAUUUUAUGUAAAUCAAUCAACAGAAGACGAAUUUAAUCCAAGAUCAGCUCAACAGAAAUAUUUAUCACAUUCUCUCAUAGAUCUCCUUAGUCAGAUUAGUCCAGCUUUCAAAAAGAAUUUCAAUAUAUUGUUGAAGAAGAGGGCCAAUAAACAUCCUUUUGAAAGAAUGACAACACCAUACCAAGUAUAUAGUUGGAUGGCUCCCAUGCCUGAGCAUAGUGUAGAUUAUAUCAGAGCUGAAGAUGCAUUCUCCACAAGAUUAGGAUAUGAAGAGCAUAUUCCUGGUCAGACCAGAGAUUGGAAUGAAGAAAUACAAACAACUAGAGAACUACCUCGAAAAACACUUCCAGAGAGGCUUAUACGAGAAAGAGCAAUAUUUAAGGUUCACAGUGACUUUGUGGGUGCUGCCACCAGAGGUGCUACGGCUGUUAUAGAUGGUAAUGUCAUGGCAAUUAAUCCUGGAGAAGAGGCUAAAAUGCAGAUGUUUAUCUGGAACAAUAUUUUCUUCAGUCUUGGAUUUGAUGUCCGAGAUCAUUACAAAGAUUUUGGUGGUGAUGCCGCUGCAUAUACUGCUCCUGGUAACGACUUGCAGGGAGUGAGAGCUUACUUCAGUGUUGAUAAUGAAGGACUUUACACCCUGGGAACUGUUGUUGUGGACUACAGAGGUUAUAGAGUCACUGCUCAGAGUAUUAUUCCAGGUAUUUUAGAGCGAGAACAAGAACAAUCUGUGGUUUAUGGAUCUAUAGACUUUGGUAAAACUGUCGUAACCAAUGACAAAUAUAAAGAACUGUUGAAGAAAACAUCUAGUCAAUUAAAAAUCAGACCUCACAAUGUGUUGAAUGAAAAAAGUGAGGCAGUAGAGUUAUAUUCAUCACUAGAGUGCAAGGGUAUAGUUGGGAAUGACCAGCGACAUUAUAUUUUAGAUUUGCUGAGAACUUUUCCUCCAGAUCCAAACUACCUUAAAUUUGAAGAUGAAGAAUUAAGUAAAACAAUGAUGGAGAUGGGAUUCCCUCGUCAGUUCAGACAUAAAUUAGCAUGUCUACGACAAGAAUUAAUAGAAACAUUUGUAGAAACUAGAUAUGUAGCCUUUGUACGACAUGCAGCCUACCAAUUCCAGCAACUUCAGUUACAGAGACAAAACAAAAAAGCAGAAGAUCAAACAGAAUCAAAGAAAGAAGAAACAAAAGAUGAGAAAUCCAUAGAACCUAAGGCUUUGAUGAAUGGACAUAGUGAGACAUGUGACUCAGAAGACAAAGAUGAAGAUAUAGAAACUGAUGAGGCCAAAAAAAUAGUAGAAGCUCUUACUGCAGGUGAUGGGCAAACAUUUGAAGAAAAUAGUAAAGAUAUAGUGAAGAAAGCUGCACAAGCUGUUGGUUCUCUUAGUGAUACAGAAUUCAGUAUAACCUUUAACCCCGAUGUUUUCCAGUCACAUGUCAAACAUGCUGAACCAGAGGGUGAGACAUUCAAGAAAGAAAAGAAACUAGUCAAAGAUGCAGCUGAAUUUUUAGUGCUUCAUCAGAUUCCUUCAUUGGUGAAUGAUUGUAUGGAUCAUACAUCCUCACCUAUUGAUGGUCUGACCUUGACAGAAGCAAUGCAUAACAAGGGUAUAAAUAUGAGAUACCUUGGUAAAGUUGCAGAUGUCAUGUCCAAAUACUCAUCUGUUUCAUAUGUAUAUGAUAUUGUUAUAGCAGAAUUAAUUACUAGGGCAGCUAAACAUUUGUUUAAGAGUUAUAUGCAGGGAGUUGACAUGAUGAGUCUGUCGUCUGCUGUCAGCCAUUUUCUAAACUGUUUUCUGGGAUCUUUCCCAUCUCCACAUGCUCAGAUAACUGCUGAGGAGUUGCAGAGUAAGAAAGCCAGAAGAAAGAAUAAUAGAAAAAAUAAAGCUGUAUUAGUUAGUAUAGAUAACACAGAAUGGGUAAAUGAUACACCCAAAACAGUUUGGAAGAAAGUGGCAGAUGAAGUUCAAGAUUAUUUCCAGUACACAUUAGACUGUGAUUCUAUAGAUAGUGCCUUAGAAAGGUAUAACUUACAGAGGGUAUCCCUGUUGAGACAGUUCUGUCUGAAGGUUGGAAUUCAGAUCUUACUGAAGGAGUAUAAUUUGGAUGCCAAGAAUAAACAAGUGUUCUAUGAAGAUGAUAUAAUCAAUGUCUUUCCUAUUGUUAAAAAUGUUCAUCCUAAGGCCACUGAUGCUUACCACUUUUUCACAAGUGGACAGACAAAGAUUCAACAAGGAUUGUUACGGGAAGGUUAUGAACUGAUCAGUGAGGCUCUGAACCUACUGAACAAUGUGUAUGGACCCAUGCAUGCUGAGAUUGCUGCCUGUCUACGAUUGCUUGCCAGACUUAAUUAUAUAAUGGGAGAAUAUGGAGAGGCCAUGUCGUAUCAACAAAGAGCAGUACUAAUGAGUGAAAGAGUACUUGGUAUAGAUCAUCCAAAUACUAUUACAGAAUAUGCACACCUUGCCUUGUACUGCUUUGCCAACAGUCAGGUAUCUAUUGCCUUACGAUUGAUGUACAGAACAAGAUAUCUUGCCUUGUUAUGCCAUGGUGACAAUCAUCCAGAAGUAGCUCUUAUAGAUAGUAAUAUAGGUUUGAUCUUACAUGCAGCAGAAGAGUAUGAACUAUCAUUGAGAUUCUUAGAGAAUGCCCUGCAAAUAAACUCAAAAUUCCAUGGUGCUAAAAGUUUAAAGGUUGCUAUGAAUUACCACUUGGUAGCCAGGACACAUUCCUGUAGGGGAGAUUUCAGGGCAGCUUUACAAAGUGAAAAAGAAGCUUUUACCAUCUACAAACAUAUGCUUGGAGAAGAACAUGACAGAACAAAAGAGAGUUCAGAAUGUUUGAAGCACCUCACACAGCAGGCUGUCGUCUUUCAGAAGAAAAUGAACGAGAUCUAUAAAGGAGAAAAAUCAAUUACAUUCCCUCCAUUACAGAUACAAACACCUUCCAUUGGCAGUGUGUUAGAAACAUUAAAUGUUGUUAAUGGAAUCGUAUUUGUACAAAUCAGCCCUGAAGAUAUUGAAAGAUUCAAGAAACAAAUGGCUCUUAAAUCAGUAGAGAAGGACAGUGAACUAGAACUAAAAGAACCAGAGGACAAACUGUCAAUCAAGGAAGUCAAGGAGGAGUUACCAAAUGGAACAUUAACCAAUGGCAGUUUAGAAACAAACACUAGCGAAAUGUCUCUGCCCUUAGAUUGAAGAUCAAAGGUCAAAUGAUGGUGGUGUGACCAUAUAUGCAAGCAUUUAAUCAAAAAGAUGCAAAGCAGAGAACAUUGAUGUGCAAACUUGGUCAGGUAUUCGUGUUCAGUGAAGUGUAAAGACAAUAUGUUGUACCAGUUCAUAGAAUUGUGGCUGAUCAGUUUCGCUGUUAGGUUAUAAGCUGAUCUGUUGUUUUAUAUUGAAAAAAAAAGAUAUUUUAACAUUUUUACUGCCACUAUUCAAAGACCUUAGUGAUCUGUAUAAAAUAAUAAUUAUGUAUACAGUAGCACUUAAGAAGUAGAAAUGACUGUAUAUUAUGUAUAGAAGUGUGGUUUGUUAAGUUUAUUUCAUUUAUCUAUGAGAGUUGUCAAAUUUAAUACAUAUAGCUGUGAUUUUUAGAAGAGUGUAUGUCUAUAUAUGUGUAUGAUGACCAGUUUAAUUAAUGAAUUGUGAUUUUGAUUAAUAUAUGUUAUAUGAAGUAUUUGAUCAUGAUAAUAAGUAUAUUUGAAAAAUUUCGUCCCUUUGCAUUUCUAUACUAUACAAUUUUUUUUUAUGUACACAGAAAUUUCUUGGAUUAUUUUACAUAAAGUGUAUACUCCACAGGAUUGCAAUGAAACUUCAAACAUUAUACACAUCUGUUGAUAACAUUUUUGAAUUAAAAGGAAUUUAAACCUUCGUGGCUGUUGCAUUAAAACUUAAAAAAAAAAAAAGAAAGGUACAUGGUUCCCAGCAAAAACACUUUGAAAAUAGGGAAACAACGUUUGGAGGCAAUUUUAUAACUCCUCUUACUUUUUCACUGUACAAAAACACUCACCCAUAGAUGAUGUUUUAAAGCCUUCUGGGUCACAUGUAUGUUUUUACGGAACAGCCCUUAAUGGAGAUAAUAAGGAUUAAACUUCAUUUUUGAGACUUCUACAAUUUCAGAGUAAAAACAUCCAUAUAUUUUAUAUAAAGAUUUUUCUUGGAACAAGUUACCCGUUAUACAUCGUGAGAUAAACCAGAUAGAAAAUAUUGGUAUUGUACAGUUUUCUGAAGAUAAAAAAGGAAUAGUAAUGAAUUUUCGUAAAAUUAUACAUGUUACUCAUGUAUUACAUUUUUUUUUUAUCACAAAACAUUAAUAUCAUAAUGAAGUUUAUCAUCUGAAAUAAAAUAUUGUAUGAAGUAUUCAAAAAUAUGUAAAUAUGUAAAUAAUUUUCGAAGCAUGUAUAUACCAUUAUUUAGUUUUAUUUCAAGGCAUAGUUGCAUGAUUGAGGCUUAUAGAUUUUUUUUAAGAUAGUCUGAAAUAAUGUGUCAUGCAUGAAAUACUUGCCACUGGACAUAAAGCAACCAACAACCGAUCAAUGUAUUGUGCACAGUUCAAAUCAUCAUGUGAUUAAUGGCACACAUUAUUGAACCAUUGGUUAAUUUCAAAUCACACUUUGUUUCAAUGAAAUUAUGUACUCAAGCAUGAAGCUUGAAAUCUUUUAUACUGAAUUUUUAUUUUUUCAUUUUAUGAAGAGUAAGUUUUAGUACGGAAAAUAUGACAUUGAGGACAAAAAUGCAGAAUAAAAAGUGUCUUGAAGAAAGAAAAAAAAAAAAAAAUUGAUAGUUAUAUAUGUAAUAACUUUGCUACUUAACUUGUCUGACAAGACAAACUUAUAGAUCAGUGAAAAUAUAUGUCGUCAAAUAUGGUGCAUGUCAAUAUUAUUUUUAGUUGUGUAUUUUACCCAAUCAUCCAAUCAAAUUCAUAGAUGACAUGAUAUUUAAUUAUGUCUUUAUGACACAUUCCAAGCGAUAUUAGUGCUAUAGUGUUGCUUCAUUCCAUUUAUUUUUUAUUUAGUAGAUCUGUAGUGUAGAUUCCUCUAUUCCAGAAUUCCUAGUUUGGUGCUCCUAAUGUUUCUUUAUGUGCAUGUAUAUAUUAUCAUUAAGGGGAGUCCACUCAGUUUUCAGGGGAGAUGAUUGUAUUAUUUGAAAGAGGUGUUUUGUGAUUGAAAUAUUUUUUCAUUUAAGAAAAUCAUGCAUUUUGUAUUAAAUUCUGUUUCAAAGAUUUUCUGAUUUGUUAAAUUCAUUACUGUUGUCAGGGAUUCAUUGUUGGGGGGCAACAAAUUGUGAAACAACCAGCAAAUGAGAUAUAUUCUGCUUUAAAGGCCACAAUGAACUUUUUUUGUUUUGUUUUGUUGUUGCUGAUAUCUUUCUUUGAUCUCUAGUUGAAGAUUUAAUAUAAAUAUUAUCUUGAGCUUCAGUAUUUAAUGAGAAAAUAUAUUAAUGAAUAAAAGGUGUAUCAUUAUAGAUCAUAAUAAAGGGUAAGAAAUAACCAUAGAAUAUCUUCAUAACAUAUAUUAUUUAUUUAUAAGAAAAACAUUAUUGAUAGCAAUACUAUUGAGAAAGAAAGUCUAGUUAUUUUACAGCAAAGACUGUUUUAACUUUUACCCAGUUUACCGUUAUUUUGCAAAUUUGAUAAAAGUUGUAAGAGCAAUUAAAAAAUACAGUGUUGACAAUAAACUAAGGUGAAUUUACCUGAAUUGUUUUUUUUUUACUGAAGCAGUUUUUGUGUCGACUACAAAACUAAGGCCUUCUGUUUCUGGCGUAAAAUGCAGGAGAGACAUAUCUCAAACCAAUAACUUUUUUUCAUAACAUUGGUAACAGUUUGAAUAAAAAACAGGUAUUUAAAAAAAAAAUACUGAAAACUGGUCUUUGCUUUAAGAUGAAAUAUUUAUGUUUCUGUGUGUGAUUAUUUUAGUAUUAUGAAUGCAAGUGAAAUAGUUUUUGCCAAUUAUUUUAUCAUUUUGUGCCAAUUAUCCAUAUUUUAGACAGAACAAGAAAUACACUAUAAUAGUAUAUAUGUACAUAUUGUUUUGUUAUUUGUGUGUGAUAGAACAACAUUAGUUGACAAUUUUGUUUGUUUGUUUGAUAUUAUAGUUAAUGAGGACGGAAAUACAAAUAAAAUCAGUCGAGGUUGGUUGGGAAGAUAACUCUAUAUGUAAUCGGUGUAUCUAUUGCUUAAAUGGAUAUUAUUUCCAUGUUAUAGAAUCAUAUAGUAGAAUCCCCCAAAAAGUAAGAAAAAAACAAGAAAAAAAAAUUAAAUAAGAUGAAUGAUGCAAUUGCAUAUAAAUAUCUUUAUUUAAAAAUGAUAUAAAUAAUGCAAUUGCAAAAAAAAAAAAAAAAAACAAUUAAAAAAAAAAAUAUAUAUAUAUAUAUAUGAAUACAUUAAUUAAAAAAAUAAAGCAAAAAACAACAAAAACCUUUUAAAAAAACAUUGGCUGAGAGUCUGGUUGUAUUUAAACAAGUGUGUCAUAUUGCAUUUAAACUUAGAUAAUUCAUGUAUGUGUUGUUUGUAAUCAUAUGCAUUCAUUUUCUUAAAUCGUCAAUAAAUGUAUACUAACAAUCAUUAAGGCUAUUCCUUGAAAUGGAUAUGGAAAGGUAGGAUGGAUUUUCAACCCAUCCACCCCCUUUUCUAUUAUAAAGGUAUUUUGCAUACAGAUUUAAAACCAUAAAUACCCAAAACCUAUGUCCAAAACUUCCCUUCCAACCUUCCUACAUUUAUUUUAUUGGAAUAGGCCUUGACAAGGUAAAGAUACUGUUAGCAGCUCACUUCACAAGAAAGAGACUUAAUGUUUAUGUACUAGAACUUAUAACUAGGAUGAACCUUUCAUUUUUUAUGAAACACCAGUAAAUUUGAGAAAAGGCUAGUUUUAAGUAUUCCACAGAUCAAACAUUAUUGCUUUCAUUUAUUUUCGUUGGUAUCAAUUUUUGUGGAUUGAGGAAAACUUAUUCCUGAAUAUUUGAUUUCGUGGUUUUGCCAAAGUCUGCAUAUAUUCCAAUAGAUAAUUUGUAAUUCGAUGAAACAUUAAAUUCAUGGUUCUGCAGUAUCUAUGAAAUUUGGUAUCUGACAAAUAACAAAGAAUCAACAUAAAUGGUUUCCAGGUCCUAGCUUCCCCAAUAAGCUGGUUAUCUCCUUAGCAACAUCCUGGUAUGUCCCUGAUCCUUAUAUGUGUUAGAGCCAAUUAGAUAAAGGACAAGCAACCAGUCAAAGCUUCUCAACAAUGUCGACUGAUUCUGUUGUAUUUCUGUCAUAUUUGUUGUGACACUAAUUAAAUCCUUCAGUGGAUAUGAUUUUUAAUAAUAAAGAUGAAAAAAGUA